AUGGACGAUCCUAUUGCAUCCUAUACCCAACCGCAGCAGCCACUGGUCAACAACAAGAUCCCCAAGAAGAACGUCGAAAGUGCUGAUGUGCGCUCCGUCAAGCACGGCGAAAAUGACCUGCUCCAAGCGCAGAUCGUUGACCAGGUGCUGGCCGCUAAAAUGACUCUCAUCAACGAUGCAAUCGAUGAAAUCGGGCUUACGCCGCACCAAUGGAAACUAUUUUGCCUCAACGGAUUUGGCUAUGCCGUUGAUUCAUUGAUCCUACUACUCCAGUCAAUUAUCUCCGGCCAGGCCAUUCUCGAGUUUCAACCGUCAUAUCAUACAGGUCUUACCAUCGCUGUUUAUGUAGGCAUGCUCGUCGGUGCACUGUUCUGGGGCUUGUCAGCGGACGUGAUCGGUCGUCGCUUCGCUUUUAACGUCUCCCUAUUCAUUUCGUCCAUAUUCACUAUCGUUGCAGGCGCCUCGCCGAACUGGGUUGUACUGGGGCUCUUCAUAUGCCUCAGCGCUUUCGGUGCGGGGGGUAAUCUGGUUUUGGAUACUGCAGUUUUCUUGGAGUAUCUACCCAGUCAGGAUCAAUGGCUGAUCACGUUGAUGGCCGCUUGGUGGGGUAUUGGCCAACUCAUCGCCGGUCUGUUCGCUUGGGCAUUUCUUCCCAAUUACUCUUGCUCAACCGCUGCUACAUGUACAUAUGAUAACAACAAAGGUUGGCGCUAUGUCUGGUACACCUCAGGUGCCUUUGUGUUUGUUCUCUCUGUACUCCGCAUUACCGUCAUUCGUCUGCAGGAAACACCGAAGUUCCUUGUCACGUCCGGCCGCAAUGAACAGGCUGUACGAGUGUUGCAAGACAUUGCGCAUAAGUACAACCGACACUGCAGUCUUACUGUUGAAAUGUUGGAGGCGGCUGGUCUUUUGCAGCAGCCAGAACAAGGUGCCAAGAAACCACGCUUUUCCUUGACUGCACUAGAGACCCAUUUCCGCGGUCUAUUCGUCACGCGUACAAUGGCCUUGUCAACCACGCUAGUUUGGUUUUCUUGGUUGCUUAUCGGCUUGGCAUACCCUCUGUACAAUGUUUUCCUUCCCACAUAUUUAACAUCGCGAGGUGCUCAAUUCGGGGUCAAUAGUCCAUAUAUCACUUGGAGGAACUAUGCUCUCGCCAACUUCUCAUGUAUUUGGGGUCCCGUUGUGGCGGGUUACAUGUGUCGUUCUCGUUGGUUUUGGGGUCGUCGUGGAACUAUGAUUAUUGGCGCUCUUGUCACCAUGGUCUUCUUCUUUGCCUAUACCCAAGUUCGUACCGAGAGUCAAAACAUUGGUUUUACCUGCACCGUCAACUUUUGUUUGAACAUUUACUACGGCACGUUGUACGCUUAUACACCCGAGAUCUUUCCGUCAGCUCAUCGGGGGACAGGAAAUGGGGUCGCGAUUGGGUUGAAUCGUAUCAUGGGUAUUGUGAGUGCUGUCGUCGGUGAGGCUGCUAAUACAAAUACUCCAGUCCCCAUCUACAUCUGCGCAGCCCUUUACGCGGUUAUGGCCCUUGUUUCUGCUGUACUGCCCUUCGAACCGUAUGGUCGACGCAGCGCCUAAUCGUCGAGCGGACUUUAAUGAACCUCUGCGUAUUUUAUAUAUCACCACAUACAUUGACUAUCCCUCCGCAUUCCAAAGCUACUGUUUGAUUUAAGCAUACUUGAUUAGUCCUGUGGCGUGCAAGCUAGUGUCUUA